UGUAAUGGGCCGUGUGCACACCUGUGCAGACCCCUGCCUGGGCAUUGGCGGUGGCCGAUAUGUGAGUUGCCUGCUACUGUGUGUGUGAUACCUGGGUCGGUCCCUGCCCAGGUCAGGGACUGCCUGAGGGGACGACCCUCCUGUCGUCCCCACCACCGUGCUACAAUACAGUCAGUCGGAACCGAGCGGUGGUGUGUCGAUGGUGGGCCGCGAGACAUAACAUUGGCGACGAGCGGAGUGAGGACGGAGCCAUGCCGUUGGGGAAGAUUGAAGAAUUUCACCAAGGACAAGAUAACUGGGAAGAGUAUGCGGAAAGGUUGGAUCAAUUCUUCGUGGCUAAUGACAUCCAGGACGAUGCUAAGAAGAGGGCCAUUCUCCUCAGCAGUAUGGGAGCUCGGACAUACGGUACGGUAAGAUCGCUGUUGUCACCGAAAAAAACAAAUGAGGUGACGUAUGUCAUGAUUGUUGAAACAUUGAGCAAGCAAUUUUGUCCGCCCACAUCGGUAACUGUCGCAAGAUAUCGGUUCUUUUCCUGUUGUCGAGUACAGUCAGAGUCUGUUCAGGAGUUUGUGGCGCGCCUGCGACAGCUGUCACGGGACUGCAAAUUCGAAUCGUUUCUUGAUCAAAUGAUCAGAGACCGGCUGGUGUGUGGAGUUAACUCUGACCCCAUUCAGCGCAGGUUGCUGGCAGAAGCUGAGCUGACUUUGCCGCAGGCAAUCAAGAUUGCUGUGGCAACGGAAACAGCAGGUCAAAACCUACAGGAGCUGGCGGGAGCUGGCCAGCCGGUGGUGUCCGCUACGGGGGAGACGGCAGUGAACCGUGUCCGGACGGGCCCGUCAGCCUCACAGCGGACCAGCCAGGAGCGACACAACGCCAGUAAGCAAGCGCGGCAUGAAGGUGAGAGAUGCUGGCGCUGUUUGAACAGAACGCACUCUGAAUCCGAAUGCUACUUUAAACGUAAGCGCUGCUUCCAGUGUUCCAAGUACGGGCAUACAUCGGCCGCUCACCGGGCAGGGACGGUGAAACAUGUUGGGUCGGAGGUGGUCCGUCAGGAGGAGGGCGAUGGUGCAGGAUCUGGGGAAGAGCAGAGGGUGAUGGAGGCAGACACUGAAGAAUGUGACUUUAUCGGGGAGGUUUUUCAGUGUCGGGAGCGGAUUCAUGUGGUGAAGAGCCGGCCUCCGAUCAUGCUGGACAUGUCGCUGGAUGGGCGUGAUGUCAGGAUGGAGCUUGACACGGGUGCAUCUGUAUCCGUCUGUUCGUUCAGCAGGUUUCAAGAGCUCUGGCCGGAGAAGAAACGCCGUCUGCAGCCGUGCAGCCUCAUCCUACACACCUUCUCAGGCGAGCCUCUGAAGGUCCGAGGUGAGGUACAGAUGGACGUGGUGUACCGCGGAGAGUCGUUUAGCCUGCCCCUGGUAGUAGUUGAUGGGACAGGGCCGCUGCUCUUCGGCAGGAACUGGUUGGAGAGCAUCAGACUGGACUGGAGAACCAUCUGCAUGGUGACGACGCAGACGCUGGGAAGCGGAGUUGAGUCUGUGCUGCAUAAGCACUCUGAUGUGUUUGCGGAUGAGUUGGGAUGUGCGAAGGGGAUUGUGGUAGAUAUCCCGAUUGACCCAGACACACGUCCCAUCUUCUACAAGCCCAGGCCGGUACCGCUGGCGUACCGUGCUGCUGUCGACGCCGAGCUGGACCGUCAGAUCCAGGCCGGGCUGCUGGAACCGGUGAAACACUGCACGUGGGCUGCACCGAUCGUCACUGCACUGAAGGCGUCAGCAGGAUCCGAACAGGAACAUCUGCAGCGGCUGGAGGAGGUUCUGAGACGUCUGUCGGAGGCAGGACUGCGACUGCAGCGGAAGAAGUGUCAGUUCGCGGCAUCAGAAGUGGUGUAUCUGGGACACCACAUCACGGCAGAUGGUAUCAAACCAACAGCAGACAAGGGAUCCUGUGCUGAGUGCCGUUCUGCGCUUCACCAGAGAGGGCUGGCCAUCGGGCGACCUCGUGAUGCCAGAGCUGGUACAGUACCGAAGCAAGGAAGCCGAGAAUACCAUGGAGCUGCUGCGCAAGUCAUUUGCAUAUUUUGGAAUCCCGCGGACCCUGGUCAGUGAUAACGCAACAUGUUUCACAGCGCCAGCGUUCGAGACGUUCUGCAAGCAGCUGGGCAUGCGCCACUUGCUGACCGCACCCCUGUCGGCCAAAAGUAACGGUCUAGCGGAGCGUUGUGUGCAGACGGUGAAGCAGGGCCUGAGAAAGCAGAAACAUGGCAGCAUGGACACGAAAAUCUGCCGGUUUCUGUUUGCCUACCGUACCUCUCCUCACAGCACAACGGCGCAGACUCCAGCAGAGCUGAUGAUGGGCCGACGUUUGCGGACUCGUAUGGAUUGUUUACUGCCUGACCUACAGGACCGUGUGUCAGCCGCACAGCAGCAGAUGAAGGAGAGAUAUGACCGUCGGUCACAGGAUCGUGUUCUAACCCCUGGAAUGCGUGUCUGGGUGUCACAGGUCUCCGGACUGGCCGGCGUCGGACGGGGAACACGCUGGCUCCCGGGACACUGCGUGAGCCGCUCUGGAUCCAAGAUCACUGUUCGUCUGGAGGACGGCCGCGUGAUACAGCGCCACCUAGACUUCGUGGUGCCCAGCGGUUCUAGCCGUCAGAUGGAGCUGACCGAUGAGCCGACGCCGUCCAUGCCGCCGGGUUGGAUGCAGCCGCCUCCGCCUGGGACACCGCUUUCCGAGGAGGGAAGAGGACGACUCGCCGCACCAGCGGAGAGGGAUCCCGCGGCCGGGGGGCCGCCGGGGACCAGGGCCGCGUCCGCGGCGCCGCUGCCGUCGCCGCCGCCGUCUGCGGAUCCAGGGACCACUCAGCCAGGGGACGCCGAGACGCCGCCGCCGUCCCCGCCGCGGCCGCCGUCUGCGGCUCAGUGUACCACUCAGCCGCAGCCUGAUGAUCCGCCGCGUCGCUAUAACUUGAGGCCGAGGCCGAUACUAAGAAAAUAGGGUGGAGAGGUGUUAUGUAAUGGGCCGUGUGCACACCUGUGCAGACCCCUGCCUGGGCAUUGGCGGUGGCCGAUAUGUGAGUUGCCUGCUACUGUGUGUGUGAUACCUGGGUCGGUCCCUGCCCAGGUCAGGGACUGCCUGAGGGGACGACCCUCCUGUCGUCCCCACCACCGUGCUACAAUACAGUCAGUCGGAACCGAGCGGUGGUGUGUCGAUGGUGGGCCGCGAGACAUAACAAACACGAUGCCGGUAAAAAUAAGCUCGUACAGCGCUUGGGUUAAAAGUUAUUGCAGAAAAACUGUUUCCGAAAAAAUCGGCUAUUUUUGCAGUUUUUGCCCCCUGCAGGCAAAACCGUUGACGUUAGGUCAAAUCUGAGAGAAUUACUCAGAAAGGGCGUUAAUAGGGCUAUCGAAUGCGCUUUUCCGCGGCGCUGUAGCUCUAUUGGUUCCCGAGUUAUGCGUUGGCUUCUUGGAAAUUUUUGACAUUCGACCUGGAAAUCGGCGAAAUUUUGCCUUCAAUGACCUCUGGUGACCUGACCUUUGACCUGACCAAAAAAUUGAUCGAAGUGAUUUCGUCAUUAUUUUUGACGCUCUUUCGAACGCCGCCUUCUGCGUAUCGCUACGUGGCCCAGGAGCCGAGUUACAAGGGGGGGUGUUCAAACACCCCCCCCCCCCAGCAGGGCGUGGAAAUCCAGGACCCCCAGCCGGGCGCGGGAUAAUGCAAGACCAUAACAGAAAAAAA